AUGCAUUGCGUUGCUCAUGGAUCAUGUGUGUCGGUUAAUUACAAAACCUCUGGAAUCGGGAAAGGUCGAUGUGAGCUCAAUAACAAGACACUUCAAGACGCAUCUGACAAUGAUGGAAGUACGAGUCACCCUGAGUUUAAACAUCUUUAUAUAAUAAAAAAGAUAACCCCGGAGCCAAUUCCAAGCAACCCACAGCCGUCACAAAGUCUCUCAACAGCUGAAAGUGGAAUGUAUUCCAUAAAACCACAAGGACUCAACCUAACGGUUCAAGUAUUUUGCAACAUGACUUCAAAGAAUGGUGUUGGUGUGACAGAGAUUGGACAUGACAGUGAAUCAAGAACACUUGUGACUGGAUGUUCUCCUCCAGGUUGUUACAAGAGAAAGAUUCAAUAUGACGUUUCCAUGGAGCAGAUUGUUGCCAUUAUCAACCAGUCCAAGAAUUGUGAGCAGUUUGUAAAAUAUGAAUGUCAUCCUAGCAAAUUGUUCACAGGUUCUCGUUAUGGUUGGUGGGUAUCACGUCAAGGUUCACAAAUGAAUUACUGGGGUGGAGCGGCAGUCGACAGUGGAAAAUGUGCCUGUGGGAUGACCAACAGCUGUGCAGGUGGAGGAAACUGUGGAUACAAAUGUAAUUGUGACAAGAAUGACGAAACAUGGCGUGAAGACAGUGGAUACCUGACAGACAAGAACACACUGCCUGUUACUGAACUGAGAUUUGGAGAUGCUGGCCAGAGAUUAAGUAGUGGAAAAAAUGAGUCUGGUUAUCAUACACUCGGAAAAUUACGUUGUUGGGGUUAA